AUGGCCGUCAUCGAUUGCACUGCAUUCUACCUCUCGUUGGCAAACGCAGCGUUGUUCUUCCAUCAGAUGACUGAACGCAAAGGCUGCGAGCACAGUGACUUUGAGGAGUCCUCGGCGUAUCUCAGCUUAUGUCUCAAUCAGGUUACAGAGAGACUUGGUAAGGAAUCCGACAAUGUCAGCGACGGUGUCAUCACGACGAUCUUGGGAUUUCUUUGCCAUGAUUCCAGUGUUGGCAGAUGGGAUCGAUUCGAUGUUCACAUGAAGGGCCUGAAAGAAAUUCUCCGACUUCGUGGGGGCUUCCAGGCCCUGAACAGAACCGUCGUCAUGUUCACCUCCUGGUUUGAUAUUCUGAGAGCGUCCGUUCUCGAUCGCAGGCCACGCUUCCUCCUUGCUGCUGACGUGUCUGCUCCGAUUGUACGACACGACGUCUUAUCCCCGUCUGUGCUCGAUCUCAUUGGACGGAUUCGUCAUUCCUCCGAUGAACUUGCGGAAACGGCAAUCGCCCUUGAAAGGACUGCGCAGUUGGCAGUGUUUGUAAACAAUAACGCCCUUAAUCCUCUGUUUUGGAAAGAUGGCGUGACAGCGGCGGAAAGAAUCACUCCUGUCCUCCAUUUUCUACUAUCAUUACGACGUCCAACAGAUUCAGAUUCAUACAGCGGCAAUUCCACGGAGCCGAUGCUAUGUGAGGUAGUCAGAUUGGCCUUGUUGAUCUUGGUGGCCAGUGUGAGGCAAGCUUUCUCACUCAUAGCAGAUGAGCUCACAAUCUUGCAGCAGCGAUUCUCGGCUCUUCUUUCCACGGCACCUUAUAGUGACGCUCACUUUCCGGAACUCAGCCUAUGGGCCAUCAUUACGGUCGCCUGUGUCCGGUCGAAUGAGUCGAAUCAACCACAUGCUAGCGCUGUUGUCAAACUGAUGAGAGGCAUGGGGAUCAGCAGUGGCAGAACUGCCGUUGAUAUUGCGAAAGGUUUGAUCUGGAUUGAUGAAUGCAUGCAGACGAAUGUCGCAGGAUUUAUCCUCGAAAUUGACCGCGCUUCUUGCUCGUUUGAGACAGGCUAUAGAGACUAG